AGGAAAAUUGAGGCUGCCAAGUCAAGAAUAGUUGGGGACAGUCACAAAGAAAAUCCUGCUACCAACUCUGCUGCAGUUACUGCUGGUCACAAAGAAAAUGAAAUCAAGAUCAAGUCCCCUGGAACAGAACUGCUGACAUGGAAAGCCUUGUCCAAGCAUCCAGAAACUGAGAAAAACAGACACCAGGCUCCAACCAGAAGCAGCAAUGGGUCUUUGGAUAAUACUGAUCACAAGUCUGACUCUGAAGACAGUGGCAUCAACAGCAAUCAAUCCACUCCUGUCUGGGACCCUGUGCGUUUGGCCAAAGAUUUGUACACUAUUGACCAGCCAGAUCCUCCAGGGACUGGAAGAACCUUGUCAAGACUGCGCCCAGUAUUUGAGCGCUGUGAAAACUUGCCAGACAAGAACAAAGCAGAUAACAAGGGAUAUUUGAACAUGGAAGGAUACCUUGAGAAACUUCCUUCUGGCAGAAGGAAAGUGACCUUCUGGAAUGCCUGGAAACGGCGAUAUUUUAGACUGGAGAAUGGCUAUUUGAGAUAUUAUCAGAGUCAGAAUUCAGAGAAACCCAGUCAAACCAUGCAGUUGAUGGGAGGCAGUGUUGACACAAUAGAAAACAUGAUGUCUGGGAGUGCUGAUGAGACUGUCCUCCAAAAGGGACACUACCUAGUGGUCAAGUGUGCCACCAAAAAUGAUUUGCUGACUUGGCAAAAAGCCCUGAUGACUCAUGUGCAAGAGAACUUUGCAGCCACUUAUGUCCAACCAAGCCCUCUGCCUGUUGAGCCUUCAAUGUUCAAGAAGGUUGUGGUCCUGGACAUUGGAAGCAGGUCCUUGAGAGCAGGAAUUCUUUCCAAGACCCCAACAUUCCCCCAAGUCUUCCUGCCAAGUUCUGCUUUGGUGGACAGAAAGAACUCAUCCAAGAGAGUCUUUGGUUUUGAGGCCUUCUGCUCUGAUGACAGAGCUCAUUCCCAGUUGGUCCAUCCCUUGAGAGUCACCCACAAACCAUCUCAAAGGACUGCAUAUGUUGUGCCUCAGUCUUUGGCUGCCUUUCAUGUGUACAAUGCCAAUUCUGGGAUUGUGGUGGACAUUGGAGAGAGGCUUGAUGUUCUGCCCAUCACUCAU